CAGAUAGCAAAAUACUUAACAUGAACAAUGCUUGAUACGGGGAGCGAUUAGAAUUGUGAUAAAGAAUUUGUGUGAUAAUACUAACAUGAUUUGAUAAAAUCAUUAUCAUUCAUGUGAAAAUAGUGUGAACAACGUAAUAUCAUCAUGAAUGAGUUUAGUUGUAAGCAAAUAGAACAAUGUUUAACUGAAAAUCUCAUUGAUCUGAACAAACUUCAAAGCAAAUGUGACAAAAUCAAACAUAGAAUUCUAAAAAAUCGAAAGUGUGAAGACGUUUCUGAAAUAGUUUUACAAUUCAUCAACGAUAUUAAGCAGAAAUAUGUUGGAGAGAAAGCAUCCAAAUAUAAACUAGUUACGUCAAUAGAAUGUUAUAUAUUAAAUCAAUUCCAUGAUGCUGUGGCGCCGAUUUUUUACGAAGCAUUCAAGACCGAAGAUGAGUUGAUCUUCCAAAAGUGUUUAUCUCUACAAAAUGUGAAGUUUUCUCAUAAUUUUGAUCAUGUUCAAUUGCCGGCAUCCAUUGUGGAAUUGGCUAGUUUAGAUGCACAUAAAACAGUCCACGAAAAAAUGGCAUGCAUGUCGGCGUGCUACGAUUUUAUUUUCGCCGAUUUGAAGUUUGCAAUGGUCGAACUCAUCGCCGAAAGCGGCGGUGAUUGCUCGGAAAUUCCUGGUAACAUCCCAAUUGCAAACAAUCAGGAUAUCGUGCUGCUCUUAGUUGAAGUGAUCCUGCGCGCCAAAUGCAAACACUUGUACAGCAAUUUGUACUUUGUGCAAUCGCUGGGCGAUCUUCAUCUCACUGACAAGGAUUGUGAGCGCGUCCUGUUGUGUUUCAAUGAAGCGAUUGAAGUGCUGACGGAUAUCAAUGAGGACUCUGCGGGCACGUUUCGCAAAACGUGCAGUGAGAUGGAUCUGAAACAAUAUAACAAUUUUAUGCAGGAGUUGGAUAACUCCGCCAUUUGUAAUAGUUUUGAGCGUCUCUCCUUGACGAGAAUUACUCGGCAAAUUUCUAAAUCAUAUGAAUAUAUUGGUAAACUAUAAAUCUUAUAAA